AUGCAAUAGCUUUUGGGAAAUACCAGGCGGGGAAUAGGAAAAGUAACACCAUGCGAGAACUCAUCCUGCAACAUUUGACAGCUUUACAAAUCUAAAAACGAAUUUGAGGUGCGCGAAAACACAACACGACAGCCGAACAUUUCCGGAAUUGACAAUAGCAUUAUUUGGGGAAAAGCCGACAUUUUGUAUUGUGUGUUCAGUAAAGGCGACAGCGCGGAUUUGGCCCUCACGCGGGCAUCGUUCAAAGCUAACUAGCGCGUUAGCUGGGAUGCUGGUUUGCUCUCUGAGCGUCUUCACGAGUGGCUGAAGACCGACUCGACAGUUGGUGUUGAAUGUGUACCUCGUGAGACAAAAUGUCUGGCUUUAACUUUGGAUCGGGGACUCUUGGUGCCACCAACACUGGUGGCGGAUUUGCAUUUGGGGCCCCAGCCAGUGCACCUGCGGCCAACACUGGUGGCUUCUCGAUCGGAUCUGCUCUGGGAUCAGCAGCCACGACCCUUGCCGCCCCUCCCAGCACCACCAACCCAUCUCUUGGUCUUGGAGGCUCUGUCUUUGGUCAGAAACCUACUGGAUUCUCUUUCAACACGCCUGCCUCAAGCGCCGCUGCACCCACUGCAGGCCUUACAUUAGGUGCCCCAGCCGCUGCGGCUGCGUCCACCGGCUUUAGCUUGGCCUUCAACAAGCCCACCGCCUCAGCGACACCCUUCUCCCUCACCACCUCUUCCACCCCGUCGUCGGCCGCUGCAGCGGCAGGUUUAUCCUUUGGCUCUGUGCUGACGUCCACGGCUCCACAGCAGCCCGCAGCAGGCUUCACCCUUGGUCUUGGCGGUGCAACAAUGACCACAGCAGCGGCCUCGAUGGGCCCGUCGCUGGGCGCGAGUCUCUUCUCCAACACUUUGGCGACAGGUUUGGGUCAGACCACUCUUGGAGGCGGGUUGACGCUGGGUUCUCUGUUGGCUGCGUCCACAGCAGUAUCAGCGGCUCCGGCCCCAAGCAUGGGCCUGGGUGGGGUCGACUUCAGCACUUCCUCCGAGAGCAAGAGCGACACAUCAUCUGGAGCCAAUGCAAAGGACAGUAAAGCGUUGAAAGAUGAGAACCUGCCCCCAGUUAUUUGUCAGGAUGUCGAUAAUUUCCAAAAAUUUGUGAAAGACCAGAAACAAGUUCAGGAGGACAUCAGCAGGAUGUCAUCUAAGGGCAUUUCUAAAGUCCAGGAUGACAUCAAGAGCCUCAAACAGCUUCUCUCUGUCAGUGCCAGCGGCCUGCAGCGCCAAGCUCUGGCCAUCGACAAGCUAAAGCUGGAGACGGCACAGGUAAAAACAGUACACACACACGCUCAAGUCUGAAAAGUUAUGUUAACUCAAGUCUUUUCAGUCCUGACACAUUUUAGAUCGACUGUCAAUAUGAGCAUACAUCACAUGAACCCUUGAUUUCCUCAAAUCCUGUUUGUUUUUUAAAUGUUCACACACAUUGAUGCACAUUUUUAAUUGCAAACUACUUAUAUAAUUUACAAGAAAAUGCUCCAGUGGUAUACCAAGAUGGAUAUGUGGUAUUUCUAUCUUAAGGUAUAGCUAUAGAUAAAUCUAGCUAUAGCAGAUGGGACUCAAAAUGAGAGGAACAUGGUUGUCUAGAUUGUUGACCGUGUCUGAG